AUGCUAAAAAAAUUUCUGAAACCCCGACCCAACUUUUUCACAUUACAGCGACUAGGUGAUGUAAUCGGCUUAAAGGAUUUGACUCCUAAGCAUCUUAUAUUCUUUAAUUUUCAGGAUAUAUCCCAGCAAUUAGACUUCCCCCCAAGCAUAGAACAUUCAUCUGUCGUUAAUCCACAACAACAACCAUUACUAGACCCAUCAAGAAAAUCCGUUAAAAAGAAGGGAAAACACAACAAGAAUGCUAUAACAACGCAACAACAAAGACUACCGGUUCCUACCCAACAACAAAAUUCUCCCCAAAAACAAAACGGGUUUUACCAACUUGAUAAGGCACAAGUAUCUAACGGUACCUUUCAUUAUUUUUUCGAUUCCUUGCUUAAUUUAUGCGUCAAUCUCUAUUCGAGAAUAUGUACCUUGAUUUGA